GGAAAGUUAGUAUUGGGUUUGUGCAUCCGGCCGCUUUCAAGCGUGGGUAAGAUCCAGUCAGAAACUGUUGGACCUAAAAAGUCUCCGUAGAGCAGAAUUUGGAUGUUGGUUUGUCACAAGAGGCUGUUGCCAACUGAAGUCCAGAUGUAGACUUGAUGCACACACUUCCCUGAGGCUUCAGAAAGAAGUAACGUUCAUGUGUUAAACUCCAUGAAGAGUGUCGGAAACUUACCUGAACGCUUAUAUGAGAAAGAAUUUCUAUUAAAAGUGGUGUUAACGAAGAUAUCUCAAGAUGCAGAUGGCAGAUGGUGAGGUGAUGGAGGUGAGUCAGACAGAUUUAAAUCUGCCAAAAGAACCAGAGAAAACAGAAGAGGAGUUACAGUGGGAGGAUAAUGUGCGGACUACUCCACAGUUUCAGGAAUUCCUACAAGAUAACUUAGAAGAAGCAGUGAUAUUUGAGAUCUUCAAGCUUGUUGAACGUGGUUUCCUAGAACUUGAAGAUAUUGACGAGACUGUACGAAAAGCUUUGACAAGGUUUACGAAGAAGCAGGGUGUGCAGUUCUUCAAGGUGUUGGCCAACAAAGAUCUGAGUCACAUUGCUCGAAAAGCUCCCUACAUCUGUGCCCAGACAAAGAUUUUUGGAUACUAUGUGAAGAACCAUGCCACAAUCUUCAAUGGACCUAACCAAGCAAAAGUUGAUGAAUUGUUAGCCCAGACUGGUUAUCCUCUCAAAGUUACUCAAGGUCAGAGAUGUUAUGGCCCGCCACCAGAUUGGGAAGGGGAGGCGCCAGAACAUAGAGAAAUUUCUGUAAGCAAAAUUCCAUCAGACUGGUAUGAAGAUAAAUUGGUCCCAGUCUUCACAAGGUUUGGGAAGAUAUUUGAGCUGCGCAUCAUGGUUGACAAUAUAACUGGACUGACGAGAAAUUUCUGCUUUAUCAAGUACUGCGAUGACGAGGAAAAUGAGCGGGCACUGAGAAAACUGGAUGAAUUGAUGAUUGAUGAGGGUAUGACACUGAAAGCUAACUUCUCAUCUUGUAACAAACGCAUCUUUGUUGGCAACGUUCCAAAAACAGAGACAGCCGAGGCCUUAAAACAGACUUUCGGCGAAUAUGUAGAAGGUAUAACAAAUGCAGAAGUGUUUGUAAGUGAAGAAAAAGAAGCCAUGGGACACAAGAAUAGAGGUUUCUGUUUCCUCGAGUUUAAAAAUCAUGGUCUGGCUGCGGAGGGCAAAAAAGUACUCGCUGGUAUUGGACCUAGGCUGUUUGAAGGGAACAUGUUGAAAGUAGAAUGGUGCGAACCCCAGUACGAGCCGUCAUCUCAAGAAAUUUCCAAGGUGAAGGCCUGUCACGUCAGCAACCUCUCCACAGAGGUCACGGAGGAGAUGCUACGUAAGAAGUUUGAGGCAUAUGGUAAACUGUUCCAUGUCCAGAAAGUACGCGAUUACGCUUUUGUUCAUUUUGAGGAAAGAGAUGACUGUUUAAGGGCCAUCGAGGAAGCAAAUGAGACAGAAUUAGGUGGACUUAUAAUCACGUGUCGUAUUUCAACCUCAGGACCAUUGAAGAGGAAAAUUAAGCGUCAAAACGAGAAAGCAAGAAUGAGAGGCGAGUUUGGGUUUGGAAAGAGGAAAGAAAGGCAAGCCCCUCCACCUCCAAGACAGAGAAAUGAUGGGUACCAGAACAGGAGAGGAGGUUAUGGCGGGGGAGGUGGUUACAGAUCAGGAGGUGGGGGUGGUUACGGAGGAGGGGGUGGGGGUGGUUACGGAGGAGGCGGUGGGGGUGGCAGAUUUGGAGGAGGGGGCGGUGGUUAUGGUGGUGGCCGUAGCGGCGGUGGUGGUUACGGCGGAGGUGGAUAUAGCGCCGGAAUGAAACGUAGGUACGAUGACAGAGAUGACCGUUACGGAAAUUACGGAGGUGGAUAUUCUGGAGGUUAUAAACAGGCGCGCUAUUAAUAAACUUGUUUUUAUGGGGAUUUAUCUUGUACUAGAAUGACCAAGUGAAAAGAGGAUCAGAUUUCAACGACUGAAAAUAUUGGCUUAUGUCUGCAGUUGCCUUUUUAGAAAAGAUUAAGCAAUUGUUUGGUAUGUUAGAUUAUGAUGGUGAAGAAGGAAAACAUGUUGUUGAAGAAAUUUUAAAGUUCCCUUAAAGGGACUAGAAAAUCUGUGUAUGUAUGAACAAGAGAGAUGUUAAGUACUUCAACCGUUGAUCAAAGUUGAUCAGUGGAACUUUAGAGCUUUCUUUGAUGAUUGUCUCUUUAUGUUGUGUUUAUGAUGCUCCAUUUCCAUGCCUUUCUUGCACAUGAAGGUUCAAUAAUCCACCUUUAAUGGGCAUAUUGAAAUAACAAAUAGUGUGGAAAUGUGAAUGAUUGUCAUAUAGAAUGGAAUACACGCCCUAUGAGUUGCCAACUGAUAUACGUCACACAGAAUUUUGAAAUAAAAUUGUGGACAAAGCUUAUUGAAUACAUUGUGCAACUUCUAAAUCACAAGUUCUCUGUCAACAUGCAUGAUAUAGUGAAUAAACUAUAUAACAGUUUUAUAUGGUUUUGUAGGUUUUAAGUCGUACACCAGUUAAUUUACCAAUUUAGGUUUAUGUAUUUUCCCAUUUGUGUUCAAUUUAUAUGGCUUGAUUAGCAUGACAACCGUAGUUCAAAAUACAUAAUCGAUGAAAUAGAAUUCAGCAAGAUAAUCUUUUAAUAUAGUCAAACUUCGUUCGCUUGAACUCUGGAUAUCUCUAUCACAGUAAAAUCCCAAUAAAAUGUAUACUGUUAUUGUUAAAUAUGUUUCAAUAAUAAAAAGCUGCAAAACUGCUUUUUUCAUGCUUUAAACAUAAACAGUGUUGUUAAAAUCAACUUACUGAUGCUUUAAAGGCAUAACCACCUUAUUUGUAUUUUUGACACAAAAAUAAUUUCCAAAAACUCUCACUUAAUAAAAAAAAAAUUCCGACCUACCUACCCUAGUUACCAGAAACAAAGAAUUUUUUUUUUAAGCCUUAGUUCUUGUUAAAGAAAUAGCGCAUUAAAGAAUUACAAUGUCAGAGAUCAUAUUGCUUCACUGAAAAUAAAAUCAGCAAA